CUCUGCGUGUACAGGGACUAUAUCUCCACUACUACUACUACUGUGGCUACUGUGACUUGUGGUAGUCUACAGCUGUUGUUUCUCUGGAGCCCUGCACAGCACUAGUGGCUCAUCUGCGCUCCCCCUCUUCUCUCUUGUGAAUGAAUGGCAGUGGGAUUGGUGUCAUUGGACCUGAGGGGCUUUCGCACAAACUAACACCGAAAGGCUAUGGAUGUUACUGGACGAUAACAGCAGGCCGGGAGAAGACAUGCAGCACACGUCGUGUACUGAGGACCGGAUCCAGCAUGCUCUGGACCGAUGUCUGGAUGGGCUCAGACCCAGCCCCACGGCGCCACAACCCUGGAACGUCCUGAUGUGCUCGGCGGGCCAGUCGAUGAACCGCUGGAGUCUGGAGGAAUUGGUGAAGAGAGACCCAGAGAACUUCCUCAUCCUCCUGCAGCAGGUCCUCAGGAAGACCCGAGAGGUCCAGGAUCAGUGUCAGUAUGAGCUUGUGGCUCCCCUCGCUAUCAUGUUCACCUCCACUCUGUUACAGACCCCCUUCUGUCCCCCUGCCACGGAGCUGCUGGAGGAGGCCUGUGAGGUGUUUGGCUGUUUCCUGACUUGGCCAGAGCCUUACUGUAGUGUGUGUAAAGGACUGCUCUCCACCUUACACCAGGAGCUCAAGGCCCCAGGCAUUUCCUAUCACAGACUGGUGAGAGAAGAGCAAGGCCUGGCCACUUCAAAACAUCGCUCAAAAACAAUGACGGUUCUGUUGAUGAACCCUAGUGAGGUGCCUCCUGAGUUCCUGUCUGUAGCAGACCAACUGAGUAGUAUCCAACGGUCUCAGAGAGAGACGUAUAUCACCCUGGUCAAACAUGCCUACCAGGCUACCCUGGGCACCAAGUACACCCUGGCCAGCAUCCACAAAGCCCUGCAGGUCAGGAGUCUAGAGGAGCUGGCGGAGAUCUUCUCCAUGGUAACCGACGUCCUGGAGACGGCCGCUGCCAUGGACGACCCGGCGAAAGGCCGUGAUCAUGUGACCCAGGGCCUGGAGGGGCUGAGGGAGAGGAUGGGUGUCCCAGCGUCCAAUGGCAGGAAGUCUGAAGGAAUGUUGCAAACUCUACCACUGCCCACAGCCAAGUGCUACAUGUUUCACUGGGACAAGGACAACUUUGAUAUCCUCAACACCAUCCUGGAGAACGAGCAUGACCUAACCGGCUUCCAGACCUCCAGUGGUCAGGGUGACUGCGAAGAUGAUGAUGAGGAGGAGGAGGAGGAGGAGGAAGGGGCAGAGUUCGACCUGGAAGAGGGAGAGAAGGAAGAAGGAGAGGAGGAGUUUGUCUCCGCCAUGUCUAUGUACAACUGCUGCAGUGUGGACCACCGAGCCUCUACCUUCUCCACCGUCUCCUCACUCUCCACUGCCUCUAAAGACUCCAUGUACUCCACCUUGUCCUUGGCCUCCGGAUCCUACGCCCCCUCCGUUCUCUCAGUCACUUCCGGCAUCGACAGUGACUUCUACGAAGACCCCGAGGACGCCACCUCCAGCCCCUCCCCUUUGGAACGGAGCCCAUCAUCCGGCAAGUCAACCAAAGCUUCGGCUCGUCUGAGCCAGCACUUCUCCCGUUUCUUCAAGACAAAGACACAGUCCCUGACCAGAGCCAAGAGCCUCGGCAGCCCAGAUGCUAAGGACUUGGUCGCGGUUCGUUCAAAGCGUUCCAACUCUCUCCCGCAGCAGGUGCACCUAGUCAGCCCAGACUCUUUGUUCCAGACCCCCUGUACCCCCCAGGCCCUCAAGCACGUGUGCUUCCGCCGGAGGCCCAUCCUGAGCAGUGACGAGGAGGGUAACGGUAAUUCCACUACCCUGAGGGUGGUAGUAUUCGGGGCUGACCAUGUGGCGGGCAAGGUGGCGAGAGCCUAUAGUAACCUACGCCAGAGAGAGAACGCCUGCCCGAGCCUCAGCAGAGCCUUCCGGCUGCAGUUCUUCUUUGUGCCCGUGAAGAGGGAUGGUGUUGUGAGGUGCCCUAGCCCCGGAGGCCAGUCGGCUAGCCCACGGAGAGGAAGUACAGAGCUCAACAAUCUGGGCACAGAAGACAGCACUAACGACAUAGCCCGUUUCAUUGGUAUGCUGGACCCCUGGUACGAACGCAACACCUUGAGCCUGCUCAGUCUACCAGCCAGCGUGGUGUGUCAGCAAACCUCUAAGAUAGAGUCCGAUUUGUAUGAUAGUUCCUAUGAGGAUCGUCUGCCCAUCCUGGCUGACCUGGUGUUGUACUACUGUCGCCAUGCCGCCAGGCCUGCACUGAUGCAGCUCUACCAAGCUGAGAUGACGUUAGCUGGAGGCGAGAGGAGGACAGAGGUUUUCAUUCACUCCCUAGAGCUGGGCCACACCGCGGGUACACGAGCCAUCAAGGCUAUGGGUGCAGCGAGCAAGAGGUUUGGGAUCGAUGGCGACCGGGAGGCAGUCCCUCUGAUGUUAGAGGUGGUUUACAACAGGGUGGUCAUCAGUGGGAGAAGUCAAUGGACGAAGAAAGACAAAGUUUGCACCUCCAUCAACCUGACCAAAGCCUGCAAGAAUCCAGAGGAACUAGAUUCAAAGAUGGAGUGCUUGCAGUUGACGAUGACAGAAGUACUGAAAAGGCAGAACUCAAACAAAUCUAAGAAAGGCUACAAUCAGCAACUGAGCGUUACUGAGGUGAAGGUGGACAAGGUGCAGGUCAGUGGGACUGGUAACACCACCUUCGCUGUGUGUCUGGACCAGGAUGAGAAGAAGAUCUUCCAGGGUGUCACCAGGUGUGAGGUGUCUGUAUGCUACAAGCCUGACAGCUCUACAGACUGGAGGUUAGGCCAGAGCCUGUCCGCCCAGAUCCAGCCACUCCACCCCACCUUCUGCUCACUCCUCUGCCUGCCCAUAGCCACCUUCAGCGGGGCACAGCCCUGAGAGUGGAAGACCAGCCUUAAACAUAUAUAUAUAUAUAUAUAUAUAUAUAUAUAUAUAUAUAUAUAUAUAUACUUGAAUGUAUUUCUGACUAUUUUGUAGACAGCUGGUAACAGAGGGGAAGACUAGAAAGUGUAGGUGAAAAGCCUGGUGUCUGUGGACCAGACUAAAAUGAAUGGAUGAGACUCUUUUUGGAGCCAAGGGACAUUAUGGCUGCUGGAUGGUUCAGCGAACCAUCCUCCUGUGAUGACUAACAUUGCCUGAGACCUACAGACUUCCGUUGGGCUAACAGUCUUGUGACGUUCAGGAGACCCGGGUUCAAUACCCAGUUGCUUGAAAUGGACACUAUGGAUUAUGUAAAUGAUGUACAUUUGUAUACUAUAUAUUUCUUCCCUCAAAAUAACUUCAUCAUUACACUGUAGCUACACUAGCAUUGGUGCAAGUCCUCUCUUCCGGCACUGCAAUGAGCAACGGUUUCCUGAAAGGGGACAUUUCUGAAAUAUCACAGUGACUUCUUUAGACCAGCAGGGGCGUCUAUUGUGUUCACUUUCCCACACGAGAGUCACGUAUGUCAGGAUAAUGAGGUAGGAAAAACAACCUUUCUCAGGACUCCACAGACUCAUCCAAUAGCAGUUAUGUUAAAUGUUGUUUUUACAUUUUGAAUGUAUAUAUUUGACAUUGUAUUAAAUAAUCCCAUUUUUGACAUUUCAUUGUACAUACUAUAAGAUGUAUCAUAUUAAGUAGCACCCCGUAAUGUUUACUUGACACUGUAUUUGACAUAAGAUAUAUUUUUUUAUUUAGCUGAUACUGAUGACCGCAGGGACGCAGAGACGACAUCGAUAUUCCAGGGUAGAUUGACAUGGUGUCAUAGACCUGUCUAUGGUGCUACAGAAUAUGCUCAUCCAGUCCUGUUGUUUAAUCAGUUGUCUAAUUUCUUGUUGUCUACAGCUUUGCACUGCAGAAAAUAUAUAUAGCAGAAUAUCAAAAUAUCAAUCAUAUCGCAGAAUAAAAUGCACAGUAAAAUUACUUAAAGGUUGAGGUUGGUAUUUUAGAAAUCUUUGUGUUAAACAUGGGUAGGGCUCUGGGUUUAUCCUGGCUGUGACCUAACCAGUUUCCCUAUGUUGUCAGGAAAACACAACAGAUUCGCCCUCACAACGGCCUCAGUUCAUCAGGGCAUGGACUCUACAAAGUGUCGAAAGCUCUUCCACAGGAACACUAGCCCAUGUUGCCUCCAAUGCUUCCCACAGUUGUGUCAUGUUGGCUGAAUGUCUUUUAGGUGGUGAACCAUUACUGAUACACAAUGGAAACUGUUGAGUGUGAAAACCCCAGUAGCGUUGCAGUUCUUGAAACAUGCAAACUGGCACCUUCUAUCUUACCCUGUGCAAAGGCACAUAAAUAUUUUGUCUUGCCUAUCGCCUAAAUGGCACACACACACACAACAAAUCCUUCUUUAACCUGUCUCCUUAAGUGACAUCAAUAACUGAUCAUAGCUUUCACCUGGAUUCAAAUCUAACUUUAUUUGUCACAUGCGCUGAAUGCAGCAAGUGUAGACCUUACCGUGAAAUGCUUACUUACAAGCCCUUAACCAACAGUGCAGUCUACAGUAUGUCAUGGGAAAAGCAGGUAUUUCUAAUGUUUUGUACAUUCAGUGUAUAUUGCUAUAUAGCUAACUUCAAUAAACAGAUGUAAAAUAAACAGAAAUGAAAGGUACUGUACAUGUAACAACAUAUAACAAAAUAGUGUUGUCUGGCACUUCUGUUCUCCAUAUGGUACCAAUUUUUAUGUUAGUCUUUAUUUUGUUCUAUAAAUUGUUUGUACUAUAUGAGAAAUCCUAUAAGAAAUAAAUAAUGAUGAAAGAAGAUAAAAUGAGAGGCAACAUUUAAAAAAAAAACUUGUUUCUCUGGGUGUCUUUGAACAUAAAGUAAGUAACAGUAGGCUGACUUAAACAGAAUAUCAACUGUGUUAAAAAUCUAUUCGAAGAUGAGAAACCUCAACUAGCACGACAUACAAGUCAAGUAUAGGUUGUAGGCCUAUUUGAUAGGAUUUAGCCAAUCUAGAUCGCCAGGGAAACAUUUGAGACAUCGUAUUGGUUGAAUAAAUCCUCGGUGGGCGUGGUCAUACUGUACUGCCCCGCGUGCUGCUGUCACAGCUGCAACUGAAGCAACGUGUGAAGUUGUACUUCCCGAGCAGAGUUCAAUCACCCUCAUAGAAAGUUUAUGGAUUUAUUUGCUGAACCGAAAAGCAGGUAAAUAGUGAUUUUAUCAACAGAAAUAAGCUCUCUUAUUAAAUGUAUGGGGUUUUUGUUUUGUUAAUUUUGAAUGGUUUUAUAGUAAUAUAAUUGCUCUUGGACCAUUGCAUGAUUCACGUUUUAUGUUCAAGUUGCACAGUUUUGUAACCUAAAUACAAUGCAAUAAUGUUACACUGUUAAACUCUUUUUCUGAUAUUUUUCUGUAACCUGUAUUUAACCAGGAAGGGCUCAUUGAGUUUUGAAAUCUCUUUUUUCAAGAGCGUCCUAUCUCAUUACAAGAUUACUGCAUA